CAAUGAGGAGCGAGGAGCGGGUAUAAAAGCUCGGAGCCGCUUUAAUCCGCAGCAGCAGGUCUUGACGGCUUCAGACGACAUCACCGCACACUGCACCACAGGUCAGCAGCCCGACAUCGUCAUGCCUUUCGGAAACACCCACAACAAGAUGAAGCUGAACUACUCAGCCGAGGAGGAGUACCCUGACCUCAGCAAGCACAACAACCACAUGGCCAAGGUGCUCACGGCUGAGAUGUAUGCCAGCCUGAGAGACAAGGAGACGUCCAGUGGAUUCACCCUGGAUGAUGUCAUCCAGACUGGUGUCGACAACCCAGGUCAUCCGUUCAUCAUGACGGUCGGCUGCGUUGCCGGAGAUGAAGAGACGUACGAGGUGUUCAAAGACCUGAUGGACCCAGUGAUCGAAGACCGCCACGGAGGAUACAAACCAUCAGACCAACAUAAGACAGACCUGAACCCUGAGAACCUUCAGGGCGGAGAUGAUCUAGAUCCAAACUACGUUCUGAGCUCUCGGGUUAGGACAGGACGAAGCAUCCGUGGCUUCUCUCUGCCGCCACACUGCAGCCGCGGAGAACGUCGUGCCAUCGAAAACCUCGCCAUCGAAAGUCUGGACGCCUUGGAUGGGGACUUGAAGGGGAGGUACUAUGCUCUGAAGAACAUGACAGAGGAGGAGCAGCAGCAGCUGAUCGAUGACCACUUCCUGUUUGACAAGCCUGUCUCCCCACUGCUGCUGGCAUCCGGCAUGGCCCGUGACUGGCCUGAUGGCCGCGGCAUCUGGCACAAUGACAACAAGACCUUCCUGGUGUGGGUGAAUGAGGAGGAUCACCUGCGUGUCAUCAGCAUGCAGAAAGGAGGCAACAUGAGGGAGGUGUUCACCCGCUUCUGCACUGGACUCACCAAGAUCGAGGCCUUGUUCAAAGAGCGAGACCAUGAGUUCAUGUGGAAUGAACACCUGGGCUACAUCCUCACCUGUCCAUCUAACCUGGGGACGGGUCUGAGAGCCGGAGUCCACGUCAAACUGCCACAUCUCAGCAAGCAUGAGAAGUUUGGAGAGAUCCUGAAGAGGCUGAGGCUGCAGAAGAGAGGCACAGGUGGUGUAGACACAGCAGCAGUGGGCGGAGUCUUUGACAUCUCCAACGCGGACCGCCUGGGUUUCUCAGAGGUGGACCUAGUCCAGAUGGUAGUGGAUGGGGUCAACCUGCUGGUGGACAUGGAGAAGCGCCUGGAGGUUGGCGACAGCAUUGACGACCUGAUGCCCGAGCAGAAGUGAACUGUCACUAAACCACCCCCCCACCCCCACCCUCCACUGUAAGCAGUAAGAAAUUGUCCUGCAGCUGCAAGAUACUUAGAGCCAUUCAGUUAGACCUCAGUCGUCCAACAUGUGAAGGGGUUUCUAUUUCCUGUCUCCACGUGUUGGACUCAUCUAACACCUCAAAUAUCCAAUAAAGUCUCUGUGGUCCCAGG